CGGAUUCUCAAUACUUAAAGUAAAAUAAUUUACUUCAAAUAUUGAUAGCUCUGAUACCUACCUACCAAAUAUGGGAACCUACUUAAAUGAUUUAAAAAAUUCCACAAACUUUCAAACCCCUAUCGAGAUUAUCAUAACAAAUUGAAAAUUCUCCACUUUGAAAUAUCGCAAAAAAUGACGCAUUAAAAUACUAAUUAUAAAUCCGUCUAUUUCCAGACUCCGAUGGCCCACUCCACCAUAAAUAAGCUACACAUCCAAGAACCCAGUUACACCACGUAUCCAGCUACGGCGAUGCUGGUCCAUGCGCGUAAAGACUCCUACACGGAACAACUUCAAAAUGAAAACCAGAUCCAGUUGCCACAAUGUCGAUUCCAACAACAACAGAAUUUGAACAAAAGCACCGAUAAGGAUCCGGGUCGGGUUAGUUUGAAUAAUGGCCAUCGUUGCGGAAGUUUUUUUGCUAAAUGCAAAUGCGAAUACGACGGUUCGGGUUCCAGUUGGUGCAGUAAUCGUUCCGUACCGAUACAGAAGGAUUCGACCUGUGAAAAGAGGUUUUCCAGUCCGGAAAUAGAUCUGCAGGAAUUCAGCACAAAACAUCCACACGUAUGCCUGAAAAGCAAACGCUCAUCUCCAAGCACCACAAUCAAAGCCAACGUCUUCUUAAACCAUCCAGAAAUUACCUUUCCAAUUCCAGUCGAAGUAUCCAGAGAAGACUACCAAAACAACUCCUUUCCCCAUCACUUGUAUCCGGAAAUCAAAAAUAAACUCGAUUACCACAAAGCAACAGCGUUGGCUUAUGAAAAAGAUACCAAAAAAGAUACAAGAUUUAGUGAGGAAGAGGCCGAGAAGUUUUUUAAGGAGUUUGGCUUGUUUGGUCCAAUGGGGAAUAGUGCAAUUGGGGCUGCUUUGAGGAGGACCUCAAUUGAGGACAAUGCAACAAGAAGAAACUCAAAAACAAUCGAUUUUAAACCAAAAAAGAAGAUUUCUGAUAGAGUUAAUUUGGAGGAUUUUGAACAUUUAAAGAUUAUUUUGAGUCGUUUAAAAAAAGACAUUACAGAACUAGAGAUGAAAUACAACGCCUCUCAGGUUGAGCUGCACGAAACCAAGAAUCUGUUGAGCUCUAAGGAGAAUGAAGUUUUGAAAUUGCACCGGGAAGUUCAUAAAUUGAAAAGUGUUCUUCAUCAAACAGCCUCAAAAGAAGACAUCCUCAGCAGCAUCCAGGAACAGCACGCAAUGGCCAACAGAUUAUCCCAAACUACCACUGCCCAUCAUUCUCAGGACAAUACUAAUGCCCAUCACAAAAAGCAAGGCGUUUCAGCUGAAUCUAGCGAAAAAUUCAUCCAAACCAACGAUAUUUGCAUUACAAAAUAUGAAAAGGAUUUCAGAUCCAAACAACUCAUAAAAGACGCAAUAAUGGAUAACGCCUUCCUGAAAAACCUGGACACGUCCCAGAUUCGAGAAAUAGUUGACGCAAUGGAGCCCAAAGAGUUUCCUUCUGGCUCUUAUAUUGUAAGGCAAGGUAAUGCCGGUGUCCAUUUGUUCGUUUCGGCCGAAGGUGAUCUGGAAGUGUUGCAAGAUCAAAAAAUUCUGGGGCACAUGGGACCGGGCAAAGCUUUUGGAGAACUAGCCAUUUUGUAUAAUUGUACCAGGACUGCCUCAAUUAGAGCUGUAACAGAUUCAAAAGUAUGGCGACUAGACCGAAAAGUUUUCCAACAAAUCAUGAAAAGAACAGGAUUGCAAAGGCUGCAAGACAACAUCAACUUUUUGAAAUCUGUACCUUUACUAGAAAACUUAUGUGAUGAUGUUUUAACCAAGAUUGCUGAUGUAUUAGAAGUGGAAUUUUAUCCAGCUGGAGCUUUUAUCAUUAGACAAGGGGCUAGCGGCGAUACUUUCUUUAUUAUUAGUAGUGGAAGUGUUAAAGUCACACAACGUUUACCAGGUCAUCUUGAAGAAGAAGAAAUCCGGACUUUGACUCGAGGGGAUUAUUUUGGAGAGCAAGCCUUGCUUAAAGAAGAUUGUAGAACUGCAUCAAUAAUAGCCUUACAUCCAGGAGUUGAAUGUCUCACUCUAGACAGAGAUUCAUUUAAUCAAUUAUUAGGAAGUUUGAGUGAGAUAAAAGAGAAAAAUUAUGGUGAUGAAGAGAGGAUGAAUCGGCCCGUUUUGACUGAACAACAAGAAUUUGAUUAUAUAAGUUUGGAUGAUUUGGAUGUUGUUGCAACUUUGGGUAUUGGAGGUUUUGGUAGAGUGGAACUGGUUCAAUAUACGAAAGAUACCUCGCUCACUUUUGCCUUGAAAUGUUUGAAAAAGCAGCACAUUGUCGAUACUCAGCAGCAGGAACACAUUUAUAGUGAAAGAAAUAUUAUGCUGAGCUGUAGAAGUGAUUUUAUAUGCAGAUUAUACAGGACUUAUAGAGAUUCAAAAUACGUCUACAUGCUUCUAGAAGCCUGCUUGGGAGGCGAAGUUUGGACGAUCCUCAGGGACCGAGGCUGUUUCGAUGAUCACACUUGCAGAUUCAUUACGGCUUGCGUAAUCGAAGCUUUCGAAUAUUUACACGUUAGAGGCAUAAUUUAUCGCGAUCUGAAACCAGAGAACUUAUUGCUGGACAGUAGAGGUUACGUAAAACUAGUGGAUUUCGGUUUUGCUAAAAAAAUGGGUUACAGCAGUAAAACUUGGACUUUUUGCGGUACUCCCGAAUACGUAGCACCCGAAACCAUCUUGAAUAAAGGCCACGACCGAGCCGUAGACUAUUGGGCCUUGGGAAUUCUAAUGUACGAACUUCUAACCGGAAAUCCUCCAUUUACGGCUUCUGAUCCGAUGAAAACCUACAAUCUGAUCCUGAAAGGUAUCGACAUGAUCGACUUUGCCAAGUACAACGUUGCCAGAUCGGCUCAGAGUCUGAUCAAGAAACUGUGCCGGGAUUUGCCGGCGGAACGGCUCGGCUAUCAACGAGGCGGGAUUAUGGAUAUCAAAAAACACAAAUGGUUCCAAGGAUUCGAUUGGGACGGUUUGGUAGCCAGAACUCUUCAAUCCCCAAUUCAGCAACCUGUCAGAGGACCAUGUGACACAAACAACUUUGACUGUUUCGCCAGUGACAAUGACAUUCCGCCGGACGAGCUGUCAGAGUGGGACGCUAAUUUUUGACGUCUAAAUUUAUUUGUCAGGGUAUAAAAAAGGCCGUAUUCUUUUUGUCAUCUUUUCAUCGAUUUGCUUCAAAAUUUUGACAGGCACGCGACUGGAUCAGACAGUUUCAAUUUUACCUAUCAAAAUUUCGGAGAAAAUCGAUGAAAAAGAUGACAAAAACAAACGCGGCUAAAUUUAAGUCGAAUAUUAGUUAUUAGUCUGACAAUCAAAUAAAUAUAAUAAUUCAAUUGCCUUAUUGUCAAAGUGCCAAAUAAGUAUCUGUAACCCAUUAAAAGAAGUUCUCAAACAACAUUGACAUGUGACAUGUGAUGUUUAUUUUAUAGUUUAUCUGUCAAAUGUUUUAAAACUUCUUUUAUCUUCUUUGUCUCUGUGAUAUCAAAUAUAUUAUAUCCAUCGUUAUUAAAAAUAUUUUAAUUAUUAAAGGCCGGUUUAUUCAACUAUGCAAUCUGAUGGAUAAAAACGCAAGCUGUAACCUCAUUGAUCGGCCAGGUUUCCGUACAAUUAUAGAACGGAAAGUUUAUCUUGCAGAUAGUUACCAGAUAGAUUAUCUAAAGACGAAUAAACCAGGCCUUGAGCAUUUUAGAAAUAAAGUAAUAGUGACUCGAAUGCUUUUACAAUUUGUUAGUAAUUAUUAAGAAAACAUUUUGUGUAAAUGAAAUAAAUAAAUAUUU